UGAAAUGUCUCGAACUUUCUUCCCUGAUAUCUUCCUCUGGUCUAAUGUGGCGGACGAGAUAUUUUUUUCUCUCUCCCUUCCUCAACAAUCUUUCUCGCUCCUCUCCCUCUCUCCCCCAACCCCUUUUCGAUCCCCUAAAAUUCACGCUUCUCUCCUCCUGCAUUCUGUCUAGUUUCAUCAUUAAAAUUGUUUCCUGAUUGGAGCUGGUUUCGGCCGCUUUAAUCUCCUCUUGUCUUCUGGUCGAACCUGUUGGUGCAGCAUUUCUCUUGGUCUGCUCCUUCCAUGGAUCCGGAGGGAGGAUCCAACGAUGGAUCCAGCUACUACUCCAUCCUCGGCAUUCCUAGGGACGCCUCCUUCUCCGAUGUUCGCACCGCUUAUAGGAAUCUCGCUCUGAAGUGGCACCCGGACAAAUGGGCCGGAAACACUGCAAUAAUUGGAGAAGCCAAACGGCGAUUCCAGCAAAUUCAAGAAGCUUACUCAGUUCUUUCCGAUCAAUCUAAAAGGUCAAUGUACGAUGCCGGGUUCUACGAUCCUUUAGUAGAAGAAGAAGACGAAGAAUUCUGCGAUUUCAUGAACGAAAUGAUCUCGAUGAUGAACAAUGUGAAGGACGAGGGGAACAGUUUGGAAGAUCUGCAGAGGAUGUUCGUAGAAAUGGUUGGUGGAGAUGAGAUGAGCUUCGAGUCGAGGAAUGAUCAAACGAGUGGCAAGAGAGGACGUGUCAGUACACCAACAGGCAACGCGGCUAAGCGCAGCAACUCUCGCCGCUAGGGUUGAAUUCGUGGUGUUCUUGUAGUUUUUACCCUUUUCUUUUAAAAUGGCUAAAAACUUCCCCAGCAGAAAUGUCAAAUUCUAGCAUUUAAUUCGGAUGGGGGAGUCGGGAGGAAUUGGGCUGUGUUCUGGAACAUUUGAAUCAAAUAAACUCAAGCCUCUCUUCUUAUUUA